AUGUCGUCGUGCCGCCAGUAUUUCGCUGUCGUGGCAGCAGUCAUCAUGAUGUACGACUAUUUCUUGACCUUGGAGCGGGGAGUCGAGUUCAUCUGGCCGGCGAGGCUCACCCCCGCGAACACUUUGUAUUCGUUCUCUACGCGGGCAUAUGCCGUGGGCAUCUCGACAGCCGAAGUGAUCCUCGCGCUGCGCACCUGGGCGAUCUGGGGCCGAAACGCGCGUUUCGACCUCGGUCUCGGGGUUGCACUAGUAGCCACAUGGCUCCCCGUCCUCGUGCUCUCGCAUCGGUUCCCCCGCUCGCUCGUGUGCGAGCGGCGCCCGCCACACGCGCCGCUGUCUCCGUGCUCAGACCCUCGCAUAUACGCAGUCUCUCCCGCCGCUCGGGUCUGUUUCUUGACCGGAGGAAGCGUCACCGCGUACAUCGCGACCUACGCGCUGUUCCUGGCGUCCGAUACUCGGUACAUAGGGCGCUGCGUAGCGAGCUCACGAGUCGCAUGCUCCUUCAUCUGCGCGAGGCGCACGCGCGCGGCGGAGGGUGGGAGAUGCUGCUCGGUUGUUUACGGCAUUGUGGCAGAGGCGGAUGGAUCGCACAUCCAGGCAGAGACCGAGAUCGACAACGACGGUCUGCACCAGCGCCCUGCCCGCAAGCCAUCGGGUCUCUGGGGUCUGGCGCCGUGCACGUUCUUGGCCUCUCGUCGCAGAUCCCACCGCCUACUCCAUAUCAUCAGUCAAUCCGUCUGCGGGCGCGGUGAUGUCGAACUCGAGCACUUGCCGUUAGUGUUUGCUCUCUUGAGCGCAGCGGUAGCAAGGAAAUGGCGUUAUGGACCCGUGACGAGCUCAUUCGUCAUUUAUUUUGAGGUAAUCCAAACAUAG